AAGCCAAGACUCACCUUUCCGUAACUUCCUUCUCCCAGUAACGAAAGAAAGCAAAAGUCUUCACCACUUGACUCGUAUAUGGAAGGCCGUCUACCUCUGAUCAUCUAAAGAAGGAAACAAAACAGUGUUACUUGGGAUUGAUCAGAUUCAGUCUCAGGUUUCAGUUUCAGUGCAUUAUGAAGACCACAGGACCCUCCAUCAUCUUCCUUGUGACUCUGUUUUCCCUACUGAUCCCGACUCACUCGGCCCCUGAUCCCACCCUGGACACUCACUGGCAGCUGUGGGUUAAAACUCACCAGAAAAACUAUAAGGAUGCGGAGGAGGAACGUGCCAGACGGACCAUCUGGGAGGAGACAAUGACAUUUAUCACAGUCCAUAACUUGGAAUAUUCCUUGGGACUCCACACUUAUGAGGUUGGGAUGAACCAUCUGGGAGAUAUGACAGGUGAGGAGGUAGAAGCAACAAUGACAGGUUACACCAGCUCAGACGAUUCAUUGGCCAACAUGACCCGUGUACCAAAAAAGUUAUUGGAAGCUCAGCCUCCAGCAUCAAUAGACUGGAGAACCAAAGGCUGUGUCACCAGUGUGAGACGUCAGAGAAAGUGCGGGUCUUGCUACGCUUUCAGUGCUGUGGGGGCUCUGGAAUGCCAAUGGAAAAAGAAAAAGGGCACCCUGGUCACAUUCAGCCCACAGGAACUGGUGGAUUGUUCUUACAGUGAAGGAAACAAAGGCUGCAAAGGGGGAUCUAUACGUUCUUCCUUUACAUAUAUGAAAAAAUCUGGUGUUAUGGAGGAUUUCAAUUAUCCAUAUACAGGAAAGGAAGAAAAGUGCAAAAAGAAGAAGCCAAGCAAGACUGGAGUCAUAAAGGAUUUCCAUAGUGUGCCUGCUCGCGAUGAAAUAUUACUUAUGAAAGUUGUAGGAACAGUAGGACCUGUAUCAGUUGCCAUAAACUGCAGUAGUAAAGGGUUCCGUAUGUACAAGUCAGGUGUUUUUUAUGAUCCAUCUUGCACCUCCACUACAAACCAUAAUGUGCUUGCGAUUGGAUAUGGUAGAGAAAAUGGCAUGGACUAUUGGCUGGUUAAGAACAGCUGGGGAGUCACCUUUGGAGACCAGGGAUACAUUAAAAUGGCUCGAAAUCGCAACAACCAUUGUGGCAUUGCCCUGAAAGCUGCCUAUCCCAUUGUGUGACUCCUGUCGGACUAUAAAUGGGCGUCUGGUUUCUGCUAAUUCUUUUGUGCCGGAAUUUGUUUUUAUGUUUUUAUAAUGAUCUUUUUUGUUCAGCUCGAUAAGUGUACCCUUCAUUUUAUUUCUGCUUACAGUAAUAGUCUACAACAGUGGUCCCCAACCAGUAGCUCGUGAGCAACAGGUUGCUCUCCAACCCCUUGGAUGUUGCUCCCAGUGGCCCCAAAUCAGGUGAUUAUUUUUGAA